AUGUCAAGCAGCAAUAUUUCAUUUCUCGAAGGUCUUAAAACACAUUUACCUGACGAAUAUCGAACAGUGUAUAAUUUAUUUAUUCAAACUUUCAUGAUUGGUGACCAUGGGCAACGAGUCUGUGCUAUUUUUGAUGAAUGCACACUUACGGCUGAGAAAUUAGUGCAAGGUGCUCAUCGAAUAGCAGCGGCACUAUCUUCUUAUGAGAUUGUUGCGAUUUGUAUGCGACCUUGCAUUGAACUCAUUAUCACAUUAUGUGGCGUCAUUUUACGCGGAAUACCUUAUAUACCAUUAGAACCAUCUUUACCACCUGAACGAAUCGACUAUAUCAUUAAUGAUAGCCAAGUGUCGGUGAUUAUCACUAACGACUGUUUACCAGACUUGAGGAAGACUAACGCGACGACUUUGUCAUAUUCUCAACUUAUUGGCGCAGCUAUCAAUUCGGAUAAUUGUCGAAUGGUAGAAGUCACAAGCGAAGAUAUAUUCUGUCUUAUGUACACAUCAGGAUCAACUGGCCAACCAAAAGGUGUAGAGAUUCCACAUCGUGCUCUUGUCAAUCGAUUAUAUUGGCAAUGGUCAAGAUUUCCAUUCCAAGAAAAAGAUAUUUGUUGUCUAAAAACAUCGAUUUCGUUUGUCGAUUCCAUUGCAGAAAUAUUUCUACCAUUAUUUCGUCGAAUACCAAUUAUCAUUCUAACAAAAUCGUUGCUUCUUGACGUUGAUCAAUUUAUAUUAGUUCUGAGUAUUCGGCGAAUAUCGCGUAUUGUAUUGGUCCCUUCUUUCCUCGCCCUCUUUCUUGAUCAUUUACAACACAGUGAGGCGUCUCUAUUCGAUUUAAAUAUGAUUGUAUGCAGUGGUGAAAUAUUGCCGAUAAAUCUCAUUGAAUCAUUUCUUGCUCUGAAAAAUCACUUCUCACCUAUAUGCCGUCUACUGAAUUUAUAUGGUUCGACUGAAAUCAUGGCUGAUGCUACUUGUGAAAUUUUUGAUUCAAUACAUGGAUUAUAUGAUCGACUAUCAUAUGAAGGUCAUGUUAGUAUUGGAUCACCAAUUGAUAAUAUAAGGGUAGAAAUUGUUGAAAUGGAUGAAAGGGGUAUCGGAGAAAUUGUUGUUAGAGGUGAGGGCGUUGCUAAUGGUUAUCAUAAUGAAAAAAUGGCUAGCAAGCAGAAUCUGACAAAUAAAUUUAUUCCUACCGACAAUGGUCAAUUUGCUUUUCGUACAGGUGAUCUCGGGAAAAUGUGGAAUGAUCGAAUCAUCUUUUAUGGUCGAAAAGAUAGCCAAGUGAAACUCGCAGGGAAUCGGGUGGAUCUGUGCGAAAUCGAAUUAGUUCUUCAGCGCCAUUGUCAUUGUUGUCACCCAGUGGCUGUUUUCCUGGAAGAAAAAUCCGAGAUAGUGGUGUUUUUACAAGAAACAGAGCAGCCGAUAAAUUGUGACCGAAAUUUUCUAGCAAACUAUCUGCCCAACUACGCAAUACCGACACGAUUUAUUACAAUUACCGAAUAUCCACUACUUGUUUCGGGUAAAAUCGAUCGGCGACAAUUGAUUCAUUCGUUGAAUGCCAUCGAAAAGAGAGAACAAGAGCAAGAAGAAGAUCUUUCAGAGGAAGAUCGAACAUUCUUUUGUGCACUAAAAGAAAUCGGUAUCCCAAGAGGUAGCAUUGAUCAAAACUUUUUUGAUGCUGGUGGUUCAUCACUAAAUGCAUUGCUGCUCGUUGCAAAACUACAUCGAACAGGCUUCCAUAAUCUCACUGUAGAACGUUUAAUAAGUGCAAAAACUUUACGUGAUAUUCUCUUACAUCGAACUGAAAAUGAACGAUCUCGUGGCUUAUUUUUUGAAAGCAACAAUGAGUAUCACGUAUUACCACUUGAACAAGUCAGCAAGGAUGAAGCGCUGCGGAUUAUUACAAAAUCAUUUAUUGAAAAAGGUGAAAUCGAUGUGUUGGUGCAUCGCCAGUGUCGUGAACUGAAAGAUGAAUGUCAAAAUGAAUGGUAUACUUUACUUGAUCGCCGCUGGCCUCAUUACAUCAAAAAUGGACUUUCCUUUGGUGUGGUGAUGAGCGAUGGACAACUAGUCGGUAUUUCGUUAUCCAAUAAUAUAGAAGACGAGGCACAUACCGAUUUAGCAACGAUACCUCGACUUGCUCCUCUUUUCCAUAUGAUUGAGAAAGGAGAAAAUAAAAUUUUGGAACAAUUUCGUUCUUCUAAUUCUAAUAUUCAGAAAAUUAUGCACAGUUUUCUAACUGCCGUUAAUCCAGAUGUUGAAUCUAAUCGACGAGUGUCAAUUAUGCAUUUUCUUGAGCGCCAUGUACUUGAAAUUGGAUCAACAAAUGAAUUUCAAGCAAUAUUAACAGCCAAUGCUGGAAGUGUAACACAGCAAAUUGCUGAAUAUGUUCUGAAUUAUGACUAUCAUCUGGUUCUUCGAGCUAAUGAGUAUUGUGACUCAUCAGGCACAAGAGUAUUUUCCCAUGCGCUCGAACAACAUACGAUUGAUAUCAGUAUAAAGCUAUUGAUUUAA